AUGGCCGCUCAGAGAAUCUCAUCGUUUGUUUCCCAGCUGACUCCCGGGCAGAAGCCCGUGGACAAGAUCCAGCAGAAGAACCCCGACGACAUUGUCAUUACCCUCGCCAUCCGAACGCYGCUAUGCAAGGCCCGCAAGGGAGGUCUCAAGGACACUCACCUGGAGUUGAUGGUCAUGAAGACCCUCGAGCAGGUCAUCCGAAAGUCCAACCUCGACCCUCAGCUUGUGGAGGAUAUCUGCUUGGGUAACGUCUCCGAUGCCAAAGCCGCCUACUAUGUUCGCGCUGCAAUGCUCGCCGCUGGAUUCCCCAACACCACCGCCGGCUACUCCGUCAACCGCUUCUGCUCGUCUGGCCUCAAGGCCGUCCAAGACAUUGCCAACCAAAUCACCUCGGGCGCCAUCGAUAUCGGUGUAGCAAUGGGUGCCGAGUCCAUGAGCGAGGGCGGUGACCGCCUCACCCGUCCCUUUGACGAAGAGCUCAUGGCCAAGAACCAAGAAGCUCGCGACUGCAUGCARCCCAUGGGUCAGACUUCGGAGAAUGUCGGUUCGGACUUUAACAUCUCCCGUGAGAUGCAAGAUCGCUACGCUGCCGAGUCCUACCGCCGUGCCGAGGCCGCGCAGAAGGCUGGCUGGUUCGACGAUGAAAUCACACCCAUCACUGUCAAGGUCGAUGGUAAGGAUGUUGUCAUCAACAAGGAUGAGGGUCCACGCUGGGGAACCACCUUCGAGUCUCUUCAGAAGAUUCGCCCCGCUUUCCCCGACUUUGGUGACAGGAGCACUGGAGGCAACAGCUCGMAAGUCACAGACGGAUGUGCUGCCAUUCUCCUCAUGAAGCGUAGCAAGGCUCUCGAGCUUGGUCAGCCCAUCAUGGCCAAGUUUGUUGGUGCCACCGUUGCUGGUCUCGCGCCUAGAAUCAUGGGUAUCGGUCCAUCCAUCGCUGUGCCCAAGCUCCUGUCUCAGUGGGGUUUGACCAUCAACGACAUUGACAUUGUUGAGUUGAACGAGGCUUUCGCAAGCAUGGCAUGCUAUUGCCGGGAUGUGCUGAAGAUUGACUGGCAGAAGAUGAACAUUCGUGGUGGUGCGAUUGCCCUGGGACACCCUCUCGGAUGCACUGGUGCGAGACAAAUCGUCACUGGUCUGAGCGAGUGCAGAAGACAAAAGGCCAAGGUCUUGUUGACUACCAUGUGUAUCGGUACUGGGCAGGGAAUGGCUGCCAUCUUCAUCAACGAGCAGGUUUAA